AUGGCCAAGAGAAAGCAAUCAACCAAAAGCAACAAUGGUGGAAUACCGUUUCAUCCUGACUUUGUAGAGCCCACAGAAACAGAGCGACAUGCUGCAAUUGGUUCCUUCCCCGGAGCCACUCACACGGCAUCGACACGAAAGGCAAUGCUAAACGAGGCGCAGCUCCACCUCGACGAUGAUCGGGCUCCGUCGUUGGUGGAGUCAUUUUCUGAUUUGGACGAAGCAAAGCUCUAUGAACCGGCUGGGAAGCGCGCCAUGACAACCAUGGCGGUUCCCAAACCUCGUGAUGAACAAGAUUGGUUGGCUUGUGUCCCCGAAGAGGGGCAGACUUUUGAUGAGUAUGUCCGCUUCCUAACAACAAGAUCGGGCAGAUUCUCCAGGAUCGCAAAUGUUGGCUACGAUCACAUUGUCCUUCUGCCAAUCGUUCGGAGCCGUUCAGUUUCCGACAGCCAUUGGCCUGACCACGGCGUCCCUUUGGAGCCUUUGGUUCCAUUGGCAAAAGCUUUCUUUCAUCGGCCAGUGCGUCUCUUUCCACCGGCGGUUCUCUGUGAUGAGAAACCUAGUGGGGAUCGUAUGAAUCCUUCCCAGGGAGUUGCGAUUAGCUUCACAAUGAAGUUUCCAACAGCAUCAUCAGAUCACAAUGGCAGACAACAAUAUCUCCACGCCACAGUGACAGGGCGGAAAGACUUGGCUUCGCAGCGAGUCCAACUCAACUUGGAGGAUGUUCUCUAUGCCCUCAAGACGUUUCGCGAAGAUGAAAGCCUCUUGGCAGCGGAUGGAGGAGAACCACUUCCCAAUAGCAGCUUUUGUGUCAUGGCCAUUACCAUGGACGAUCUCUACAUGGACCCCACCGACCUGUUUGUCUCGGGAAUGGCUUUUGGAGGCGACAAAGUUGCCGUUUUCUCAUUUUCCCGUUACCAUCCCCACAUCAAGAUGCACCCGGGUCGCUGGUUUGACUUUGGUUAUGGGACAAAACACGACAACUAUUCUUAUUACGAGGAGGCUCACAUCAAUCCCAUCGGGGCCCGCAAGAAAGCCAAGAAGAAUCUUCCGGCUCUGACCCCUGAGCCGCCUACAUUCGACAACAUGACACGACAAGCACAAACCGAGUUUUUCAGGCGCUGUGCGAAGAUUCUGGUCCACGAACUGGGACACCUCUACGGGUUGGACCACUGCAUAUUCAACCGUUGUAUCAUGAACGGAACGGGUCAUCUCGUGGAGGACUUUCUGGCUCCUUUUCAUUUGUGCCCUGUUUGCCUCCGAAAGCUGCAGUGGCGAUUGGGUUUUAGUGUCGUCUACAGGUACAAGAAACUGGCAGAUUCCUUGCGAGGGCUGGGCAUGGAUAAGGAAGAAAAAUGGAUUGGAAAACAACUGGAAACUUUGGAGUCUGCCUAA